GCAGGGGACGCAGUGUUCCUCGACUACGGGGAGGCAGAGGAACCGUGGCAUGAGAGGCUGAUCCUCGCGUCUUUGGGCGGGGCGAAGUACCUGGUGCUGACCCCCGACGAGGACAUGUACGAGGAGGAGAUCGACGCGCGCAGCGUGGCCGACUUCCGUCAGGCGGGCCCGCGAGGCGGCUUGCCGGCCGGCCUUGGAGCAGCCGAGGGCCAGCCGGUCUACCGCUUCACGGAGCGGCCGCGCGGCGCUGCCUUGCAGUCGUGGAUCGACGCGGCGGAGGAGCAGGCCGUGGAGCUGCGCGCGGCGCGGGGGCUCGCCGAGGAGCCUGAGCCUCCGCCCUUGGCUGACGGGGGCGCGCCCUCGGGGGCGGGCGCCGCGGGCUCCGGCUCGACUGGCGAGCGGGCCGACUGGGUCUGCGUGGUCCCCGAGGGCGACGUCAGGCGGGGCGCGGUGCACUCGCUCCCGGACUCGCUCGACACGCCGUCGGAGGACUUCGUGGCGUUCGGGCAGCACGGGCUCUACGACCUGGGCCGUCGCGGCAGGUCGGCGGUCCUGGUCAGGCCGGCGCCGGGCGAGACCGCGGACGAGGCCUUGCGGACCUUCGCGGCGUCCGCGGUGCCGGGCGCUGUCGGGGGGACGCGGGCGCCGCCACCCGCCGAGGACGCCCGCGCGCUGGCCAUCAAGCGGGACGCGGCCGGCCGCCGCUUUCGGGAUCUGAAGAGUGUGGCGGACUCGUCGGAGCAGUGUGAGUUCGAGGACUGGGCGCUGUCGGGCCCCCGCACUGCCUCGCACGUGGCGAAGGAGAUUGCCAGGCAAAGCGGGGGCCCGGUCCAGCGCCACACCACGUGGAAGCACGAGAACAAGCUCAACGACGACGAGCAUAGCGUGGUGGCCCACGAGAUGUUGUCGGAGAUUUUGGAGUUGGCUUGCACCUACGACCAGGUCGACGUGGCCAACCUGGCGAGCAUGGAGGCGCUCGCGAGGCACCUGCAUUUCCUGGAGCACAAGGUCAAGAAGAAGAAGGAGACGAUCAAGGAUUUCGACUCCCAGGACUACUACCUGGGACGCACCAGGAGGACGGGCGGGGCUAUCAUCAGCCCGGAGCUGCUGAAGUGGGUCGCGGAGUCCGCGGCCCGGGACUCGGCCAUCUUGCCGCUGGAGCGCAUGGUGCCGAGGGAUAUGCUGCCCUUGCCCUUGGUGCCCGUGCCGCCGGCUCGGGGCGCGCGGGCGUUGCCGCGUCGCUCCGCCCAGAGGAUCGGCCGCAGGUCUGCUGUGGGCCGCCGUGUGAACGACUGCAUCGCCGCCCUGAACAACUUGUACGGGGAGGGCGACUUUUGCUCGAAGGCCCGUCCUUCGGAGGCACAAUUUUCUGCUGUGGACAUGCUCUGGCAGGCCGUGUCGGACGACAAGCCGCCGGACGACGCCCCCAGCCCCGAGGCAGCCCUCGUGGAGUUGCUCGGCAUGGGUAGUCUGGGCUAUGGCCCCGACGGCCCCACUGUGGUUGCGCCGUAUGAUCGCGGCUUGGUUUCGUGGCCUGAGUCGGCGGGCUGUGUCAGCUUGCUGGAGGUGCUGCCGGAGCCAGACCGCCAGGAGGUGAUCGACGGUAGGAAUUCGAUGAUGCUUCGCGCUGAGGAGGUUCGCCCAGGCGCCACCAAGGUGUACUGGGAUAAGACCUUGCAAUCCGACACAGACGAGUACCAGCGGUUCGUGCAGGACCUGCUGGCCCGCGACAUGGUGGAGCUGCGGACUCGUCGCGAUUUUGAAGUGGGAGUCUUCUUUGUGAAGAAGAAGUCGGGCCGUCUGAGGCUCAUUGUGGACGCUCGGGCUGUCAACCAGGCGCUGAAGCGGCCGCCGACGAUUCACAUGGCGUCCACCGCGGCGCUAGUGAACAUGGAGGUCGAGUUCCGCGUGCCGGACUACAUGGUGCCGUGGUUCGGCAUGCGCCCGCUCAGAGCGAGGCAGCUGGGCGUGAAGGUGGUCGACGGCCUCGCGGUCUCAGAGGGGUCGUGGGUCUACCCGUGCCUGCGGGUGCUGCCCAUGGGCUUCGCGUGGGCCAUGCGCUGGACGCAGCAGGCGCACCGCGAGCUGCUGCGGCGGGGAGGUCUCGGUGGCAUCGAGAACGAGCUGGUGGACAGGCAGAUCGCUCCGAGCGUGGACUCUCCCCAGGUGCCGAGGGUCGUCUACGUGGACAACGAGAUCUUCGUCUCGUCGCGACCGGGCGCCACUCGGGGUGCGAGGAGGCAGGCAGCCAAGGUGAUGACCGAGGCCGGGCUGCCACUGCACGAGGUCGAGGAGAGCAAGACGGUCGUGGAGGCGCUGGGCCUGGAGCUGGACGGCCUCAAGCUGCGGGCCCGGCUGGCGCGG